AUGGCAAGUGAAGAAAUUAAUUGUUUUUAUCCAGUAGAAAUUCAAAAGUAUUUGUCAGCGUUCAAGAAUCCCCUUGGUGCUGUGGCUAAGAUACUGAAGACCAAGAUUUCUGUUCCUAGAAAUGAGUUGUUGCAGAAGCUGGACCCACUUGAACAAGCAAAAGUGAAUUUAGUUUCUAUAUACAUAUUAAAUUUGAUGUUUUGUGUUUAUUUGGCAAUUCCAGGAGUUAAUCCUAUGGGACAUCCAGUAAAGCAGGAACUGGAAAGAAUGAGAGUAUACGUGAACAGAGUCAAGGAAAUAACAGACAAGAAAAAGGCUGGCAAGCUGGACAAGAGUGCAACUUCAAGAUUUGUAAAAAAAAAUGCCCCAUGGGAACCCAAACCUAAAAAUGCAGCAAAUGUUGCCAAUAAAAGAAAAAGUUAAAACUAACUUUUUGGUUUUGAGAUACACAUAUUCAAAAAGUACAUCAUUUUUAUUGUUUUCCACAAAAUAGAUGAUAACUACGGGGCACUGCAAGGUUUAAAUGUAUUCCUUAUUGACUUCAUAUAUAAGAUUUACACUUGAAAUUUGUAAUGCUGAAUGCUUUUUUCCCAGAAAGAGUGAGUUAUCUUUACUGAUUUUUCUAUAGAGAGCUUUGAAGUUUUAACAUUGUGGCUUAUAUUAUACUUCGCCAUCUCUUGAUGAGCUCUUUAUUUCUCUGUAUGGGUCAAUUUUCA